GCCGGUGGCAUGCGCUAGUAGCGAUCAGCUGUACGCUCUCUUUACACGUGAUUGUGUGUUAUCAAUGUGUACAAUAAUUAUCGGACAUAUUACGUUUAUUGUGAUUUCAUUGACUGCUGAAUAAUGCUUUCUCAUUCAACUUGUCUUGCACGCGUUGCCUGCAGGGUUUCGAUCUUUGUUCUUAUUUUAAUCGUAAAUGUUACGGCAACAGAAUUCAUCAAAACAUCAAUCUACUAUCGUAAAGAAUACAAUAUAAAACUCGAUAAAAAUGACAAAUUGGAGUAUUCUAAUGGAUCGUAUAAUCCAGAUAUGGAAUUAUCAACGCCGGAAAUGAUUCGACGAGCAGGAUAUCCUGCGGAGGCGCAUACGGUUGAAACAGAGGACGGAUAUCUUCUAACUAUCCACAGAAUUCCGAAUAAAACAGGAUACCCCAUAUUCCUGCAGCAUGGGCUCAUGAGCAGUUCUGCCGAUUGGGUGAUUUCUGGAAGAGGCCAAGCUCUGCCAUAUUUACUAGCGGAUCUCGGAUACGAUGUGUGGCUCGGAAAUUACAGAGGUAACACAUACUCUCCCGGGCACGUGCGAUUAUCCACGAGUGGUUCGGAAUAUUGGGACUAUUCUUGGCACGAAAUGGGAAUCCAUGAUUUACCAGCUAUGAUAAAUUACGUCACCAGCUACAAAGAUGAGCAAGUGAUAUAUAUUGGCCACUCGAUGGGAACAACUGGCAGUUUCGUUAUGGCAGCAGAACGCCCCGACAUGCAUAAAAAAAUUCGAUUGAUCAUUAGCUUCGCACCCGUGGCUCACAUGACUCAUAUGAAGAGCCCCAUUCGUAUUUUUGCGCCUUACGCACGUGAAGUAGAACUCAUCGAAAAGUUCUUCAGUCUCAACAAAUUUCUUCCUCGAGACUGGAUUACCAAGCUCAUAGGGAAAUAUGGGUGUGCUCUGACUACAAAAGAGGAAAAAGUAUGCGAAAAUGUGAUGUUUGCAAUAAGCGGAUUUGAUGCGGCACAAUUUAAUUUGAGUCUUCUUCCGGUUAUCACGAAUCACGACCCAGCAGGUGCAUCGACCAAGACUGUGGUUCAUUACCUACAAGAAGUGACCUCUGGGAGAUUCAGACAAUACGAUUACGGAACAACUAAGAAUAUCGAGAAAUACAAUGCAAGCAGUCCACCUGAUUACGACGUGUCAAAGAUGACUAUUCCUGUGGCAUUUUUCUACGGUCUCAAUGACUGGCUGGCUGCUGCCCAGGAUGUGGAAGAGUUUUACAAAAAAUUACCAAAUGCAAUCGGUAUAGUCCGAAUUAAUUACACGAUGUUUAAUCACUUGGACUUCUUAUGGGCGACAGAAGCUCCACAAUUGUUAUACAAUCAAGUACUUGAUCUCAUUCAUGAUACACUUAGAGGAUGAAACAUUCAUUGAUAUUUUGUAAUGCCUAUUGAUAUAUUUGACUGUCAAGUCCCAAUAAAAGUAUUUUUCGACGGAA